UUUUUUUUUUAUCAAUUUUGUUGUCUCCACCAGAUAUUUGUGUUCGUAAUGGACUUUACAAGUAGAGGCAGAGCCUGGUUUGACAAAAUUGGCGAAAAGCUGGAAAAUCUGUGUUGUGAAGUUGAUGCUAGAUCUCAGGAACAGAUUAAUUUUGUUGAAAGCCAAUUCCAGAUAGCGAGUGCAAGUCUGAAACAAUUUUGUGCUGGGGUUAUUCAAGAAAUACUCCCAGGAUCAUUGUCAGCUGUCGAGGAGGAGACCCGUAAUUUAUCUUCAGAACAAAAUAGAGAAGAACAACAUCCAGCUUCUGAGCUGUCAAACAUCAGUGUGCAAGAAGAUAGCAAGGAUGAACUUUCCUGUUCAAACUCGUCUUCCCUCAAGCUCGCUGUGGAAGCCACGGAAGGAGUGCAUGCUGCUCCAUCACUUCAGCCAACAGCAGAUAAGGUGAUGAAGAUGUCUAUUGAGGAUUGGGAAAAUAUACUAGGUUUUACUGGUAAAAGUUCAGCACAAGUUGCUUCUACUGAGGAAACUUUAAAAAUGACAUUAUCUUGUGAGGGUGAUACAGGAGUUGAAGUUCCUGCCAAAUCUUCGACAAUUGCAUCAUCAGUUGAAUGCCUAGAAUUUGACCCUUCUAUGCAAGAGGGGAAAACUAUAGAUUUCACAGAUCAUGGUGCUAACACUUUGAAUGUUCCAUCAUUAACUUGUUCAAUUUACUCUACUGAGUCACAAGAAAGUGUUCUUGAUUUUGACGAAAUAAAUUCUAAUGCAGCACUUCCAGCAGUAUCAAAUGGAGCGUCUGUGGAUCAUCUUGUAGAUGAACCAGUUAUUGACUCGGUUCCUGAAGUGGCAUUUGAUGGAAACUGUGUUCUAGUGGAUAAAGAUGAUUUUUUUUCAGGCUCUGAAUUCCAUGGAGCUCAUAUCUCUCACAAGAAAAAUAUGGCAAUGCUAAAGGUGAAACUAGAAAAACAGAGAAACAAGGACGCAACCAAAUGUGAGGAUCUCAUUGUGGAAUUAGAGGAAUCAAAUGCAGAAGGCAAGACAAUAUCUUCUCCAACUGACAAGUUGGAAUUGUCACAACAAGGCUUUUAUGAAUCAGACUGGGAGAUCAUCUAAACAGAUGAGCUCCAUCGAGCGACAAUCAUCACGGCAAAUAGGCUUCAAAUGAAGCUCCAGGAACAGUUGAGAGAGAUUUAGUAAUAAGCUCCAAACGGAACGAACUUAACGAUUUUUUUGACAUUCUUUAGUCAAAUCAGAUUAAUCUGCUUUUUCUGUUUUCUCAUUGACUAUAGUU